GUUUUCCUCUCCCUCCUCCCUGCUCUCUCUCUCUCUCUCUCUGCCUCUCCAGUAUUUUCUCGGUCGCCCUGAAAGGCAGAGCACACACACACACAGGCGGCAGGAUGUCGAUCGUCAGCAUCGUUGCCAGGGAGAUCUUGGACUCCCGGGGAAACCCCACUGUGGAAGUGGACCUUCGCACGGAGAAAGGUCUGUUCAGGGCUGCGGUGCCCAGCGGAGCAUCCACAGGGAUCUACGAGGCUUUGGAGCUCCGAGAUGGAGACAAGAGUCGCUACAAGGGCAAAGGUGUGUUGAAGGCGGUCGGGCACAUCAACGAUACUCUGGGACCGGCGCUCAUAGCCUCUGGCAUCAGCGUGGUGGAGCAGGAGCAGCUGGACAACAUGAUGAUCGAGAUGGACGGAACAGAAAACAAAUCUCAGUUCGGGGCGAACGCCAUCCUGGGCGUGUCUCUCGCCAUCUGUAAGGCCGGAGCAGCAGAGACAGAAGUCCCGCUGUACCGUCACAUAGCCGACCUGGCCGGAAACACAGAGCUGGUGCUGCCGGUUCCUGCCUUUAAUGUGAUAAAUGGAGGUUCCCAUGCAGGUAACAAACUUGCCAUGCAGGAGUUCAUGGUCCUUCCUGUUGGCGCCGAAUCUUUCAAGGAGGCGUUGAGGAUAGGAGCGGAGCUGUACCACACGCUGAAGGGGGUGAUCCAGGAGAAGUACGGCCAGGACGCCACCAACGUGGGAGACGAGGGAGGGUUUGCCCCCAACAUCCUGGAGAACAGUGAGGCUCUGGACCUGCUGCAGACGGCCAUCGAGAAGGCCGGCUUCACGGACAAGGUGGUGGUCGGGAUGGACGUGGCCGCCUCAGAGUUUUACCGCGACGGGAAAUACGACCUGGACUUCAAAUCCCCACCGGAUCCGGAGAGACACAUCUCUGGAGAGGAGCUGGCCGACAUCUAUCAGGGCUUCGUCAACAACUACCCAGUGGUGUCCAUCGAGGACCCGUUCGACCAGGACGACUGGGAGGCCUGGUCCCGUCUGACGGCUCAGGUGGGGAUCCAGGUCGUUGGAGACGACCUGACGGUGACCAACCCAAAGAGAAUAGAGAAAGCUGCCGAGGAGCGAGCCUGCAACUGCCUGCUGCUCAAAGUCAACCAGAUCGGCUCCGUCACCGAGGCCAUACAGGCGUGUAAACUGGCUCAGGCGAACGGUUGGGGCGUGAUGGUCAGCCAUCGCUCCGGAGAGACGGAGGACACCUUCAUCGCUGACCUGGUGGUUGGACUCUGCACUGGACAGAUUAAGACCGGCGCCCCCUGCAGAUCUGAGAGGCUGGCCAAGUACAACCAGCUCAUGAGGAUCGAGGAGGAGUUGGGCGACCAGGCUCGCUUUGCAGGCCAUAACUUCAGGAACCCCAGCGCCCUGUGAAUCUGACACAGACGAAUGACUCACACACACACUGAAACACACACACACACACACACACACACACUUAAACUGACAGACACGACAAACAUGGAGCGAGCCAUGUCGAAUGAAAUAUCACACAGAUUAAUGAAGAAACGAGCAAAAGAGCAAAAAAAAAAAUAAAAAAAAAAAGAUUUAAAUAAAUUAAAUUAUGCACUUACAGGCAGGGAGGUGAUGCUGUAUGCACACACACACACACACACACACACACACACACACACACACACACAUAUAUAGAAUACGCAGAUGCAAAAUGCGCUCACGCACAUGCAGGGGAAUAUUAUAAAAAAAUAUCGAAUUUCUAAGCCAGACAUGCACUGUUACUGUAGUUUUAAAGGAAUAGUUCAUGUACAGCCAGAGGACAGACCUGCAAAAAUAAAGAUUAUUGUUGUAAAAAAAACAAAAAACAGAGAGAUAAAUACGUAGAGAUUUAAUAGAUUAACGUAGACCGACGCACGCAACCGAAAGAGAUACGUAAGAUACGACUUUUAUCACCAGAAGAGGACGAUGCACUCGCAGAGACACACAAAGACAACAGUUUCAGGGACCGAGUGAAGAAAACAACAGCACUACACACACCUGAACACACACACACACACCUGGACACACUCUCACCUGGACGCACUCUCACCUGGACACUGAAGCACCUGCACUCCACCACUUCUGUCCUCCUCCCAAAAACUCUUUUCGUCCCACCUUUUUUCUUCUUCUCGUCGUGUCUGUUUCUCCGUUUCUGACCCUCUUCUUCCCCCCCGACGUGAUUCUGAUUCUUUGUCUUUUAUGCUUGAAGUCUUAAAGAAAAAGAAAAAAAACAAAAAGAAAAAAAAAACUGAACCUCCCUCGACUCCCUUUGUUCCUUCUGUUCCUCCUGAAUGUCGAUAGAAUAGCCGUGUCGAAAAAAAAAAAGACGAAAGAGAAUUAAAAAAAAAAGAAAAAAGAAGAGAACGCUUGUCAUUGAAAAUAAUGUGAAAAUAUGUGAAAUAAAAAGAUGUUAAUUUACAAUUUCAAUCACA